UUCUGAAAUCGACGAAUCGAUCGGUCGAAUCGCCGGUCGUUAUCGAACACUGCAUCGAACUUAUUCGGGAAGCGAAUCCAAUUUUGCAUUUACACACUUUACUUAAAAAUUAUAACCAAAUAAAAUAUUUUGAAUCGGCCCACAAUUUCCCGAUGGUCAACCCAUAUAUUAAAGCCAGCUUUAAGUUGGCAAAAGAGAUUCGCCGUCAAAGUUGGUUGGCCACUGACAGCGGGAGAAAAUUUAGUCUUGGUUGCGCAAUUAUAGCCAGUGUUGGUUCUGCUGCAUACAAUAUUCUACCUCAUUCAAUAUUAUUGGAUCGUUAUAGGGAACUCUUUCAGAUGUACAGAAAGAAAGCACCGGUCACAGUUUCGUCGAAAAUAAAAAAAUACUUGGACACUGUUCUACAGGAACUCGGGAUAUCAGCCGAGCAGCAAGCCUUGCUGAAACCAUUCACAGUUAACGGGUUUGACUUGUUUCAUGCUGGCACAACCGUAUUGAGCACUGGAGCUAUCAUAGGUGUGCCUACCAGCUUUAACUAUGAGGGCAUCGAAGACAUUGAACCUUCCAAUUUAUUAGUACAGAGCAGACAUGUUGACUGGAGUCAAACCGAUGGGAAAAAUCUAUUAUCUGCACUCACAUUAUCAGAAAAAGCGCGAAAAUUUGCGAUAGCUCGAGAGAUUGUACGAUGCCAAACUAUCGAACCCAUAUUGAACAGCAUGUAUCCCCCAUUUUGCAUAUUGAUGACAUAUGGCAUUGCGCGUAAAAUGAAUAGUUUCAUGCAUCAUCUUCCCCGUUCAUCGUUCUUGAAUUUCAUUAAGUACAGUUUACUGGGUCUAUUUUUCCUUGGAAAUUGGACGUGUUUAAAAGAUGUAACAAGUUGUAGUUUUGACAGGGAUUGUGAUGUUCAAGUGGCAGAGUUGGGUGAAGAUUAUCUAAAGGGUGGCCAAGAGUUUUAUGACAAGAUAUUACAGAGAAAUAUAGCACUGAGAAAUUUGAUGGGAAAAGAAGGUGUAAAAUUAUAUUCAGCUACAGGUAACGACGAAUUUUUCAUCAGGCAAAAGAGACUACCGAUCAUUCAAAGGAAGCUGUAUUUUGAUAAAGCAAUAAAAAAUUUCAGUGAGAGAUAUCAACCUAGUUGACUUUGUUUCAUUUUUUCUAUCUGGCACUAUGGUCAAUUAUUAAAUUCAUGUUCACUCUGCUGUUUAUUCGAUUCACAACAGAUGAUACAAUUGUUGUUAAUUCAAUAAAUACUCGUCAUAAAAUGCUAUUUGUUUCUGUAAUGUGAAGAUUUGAUAUUUGUCAAAAUAUAUGCAAUUAGUUUGUUAGUGUUUAAAAUUAUACAUCAGUGUAAAUAAUAAUAUACAAAUAUUCUGAUUAGGCAAAUUAUUUGUACAGACCUUUUCGUUUCUGCCCAUAAUUACAACCGUAUUAGUGGUAACCCUUCUGAUUGCGUACUACCCUUUUUCGUACUACCAAAUCUAUCUGAAAUUUUCAAAAGUGUUAGACUCCGUUAAACUAUCAUUAUAUUUAAUAUUUCUCUCUUUUGUUGAUAUAACUAAACAAAUGUACGUAUUUAUAAUUCACUAUAGAUUAGUGAUAUAAUUUGAAUUCAUGUAUCUGACACUGACUUCCAAAAUUACGCUAGUUUCACUCACGGCAGUCGUGUCACGACUACUUCAAAAUAAUAAUAAUUUUACAAAUUAUGGCGGAACACCUAUUUCCUUAUAGAUACCAGCCCCACAGAAGGUAAUCCACCAGUUUGUAUAAAGCCUACUGUUAUAAAAGACCAAGCGAGCCCAGCUGAAAACCAAACAUGAAAAAAUUUCAUUUUGUGAAAUCAAUUUGUAAAAAUGUAUCAUACUAAUUAUUUAAGUGGACAUUAAACUACACGCACCAACGUCA